AGUUUGUUGGUGAAUGCUUUAUCACUGUCGGCGAGAAACAUAGCACGUUGUACAACAGCACAUAGUUGAACUUAAAACGAUGUACAACGUAAAGAAAUUAUAAUUUUACUCUUCGAUUUUAGAACGACAAGCCUGUGUCAAAAGACCAGGACGGAUGAAGAGCAACCGACGUGACAGCACACGAUUGUUUACCAUUUGUUUUGGGUCUCUUCAACGGAAAUAACCAGCUUGCAGUGCUCGUCAAAAAGUUGUGUGAAAAGGUUGUGAUUAUUAAGGAGUUUUUUUUUGCGUGCAGUACAUUAACAUGCAAAGAUCUAAAUACGCUAGCAAUAGGGUUUCCAGUUUAGCAAAUCGAUUAUGGGAGCAAUGUUUGAAAGAAGUAGAAGAGGAAAUGCGGCUUGAAGAUUGUAAACGCAUGCGUUUGGUACCGAGAGGUAAUGUUUUCAGAAUUUGGAAUGUGUUCAUAGGCACAGUCAGAAAUGAAUUGCGUUAUCACUGCAAUAGCAUAUCACUAAUCAAUGGAUGCUGAUUAUUACGAUUCACAUGAUACAAUUUUGUUAGUAUCUGAUUUUUACACCAUUCCUCAAACAGGAUGGAUACAUCAGGCUUGGAGGUACAAAACGAAAAGUAGAGCCUCCUAUCCAAGUACGUAGAGGUACAUCAAUUACGAAAGCCUCAUCACACACCGACCAUGAAAAUCAGCAUAUUACAAAACAUGGACAAAACCCCCCAGAAGAACAACAACAUAUGGCGCCUGACGAAGAGGAUGCUUUGGCAGAACAUUUUCUACAACGGCAUCAACGCGUUGUGAUAGAAAAACAGGACUCUCAUCAACAAGACAUCUCUGAACCAAAGCAACAAGUUGUAAAUGACGAACGGGACCCUCUCGAGCAUGAUUUGACCGAACAACAUCAACACAUCGUGAAAGAAGAACGGGACCCUCUUGAGGAAAGCUUGCCUGAAAAAAAGCCAUUGGAGGUGAAAGAGGAACAGGAUCCUCUCGAAGCACAUUUGCCUGAACAAACGGUUAUAAAGACUGAGUGUGAUGAUGACCAAGAAGCGACUCAAUCGUUUGACGCCAAAUUGCAAUACUGGGCAAUGACGCACCAAAUACAGCCAGCAGCACUCGAUGCAUUGCUGGUACUACUGCGACAGAGUAACAUCUUUGAGCUCGCAACAGAUAAAUAAAUGCGUUUUGG